UUAUGUUCAGUCGUACCAUUCAUGUUUCCCUUAGAACUUGUGUCUGCAACUCAAAACACCCAUACACAAAAGCUUCGGAUGAAACAGAACAUCAAACAUCAUCUUCUUACCCUCCUCCCCUCUUUGACUGACCGACCGACCAAACACCCCCCCCCCCUUUUCUCCCCGUUAAACAACAACAGCAGCAGCACCACCAGUGGUGGCGGUGCUCAGCGGUGGCAGAGGACCGAGAGAGAGAUAGAGAGAGAGGGUGAAUGCGAGAGAGAGAGAGGGAGAGUGAAUGCGAGAGAGAGAGAGAGAGAGACGCAGGAGAAGACGACGGCAACGCCGUCAUCGACGUCGGCGGCAGAAGUCGUCCAACCCCGAGUCGGUUCGAUUUCGGUGGUUGUUUCGAGUCUUGUUUCGGGUCAGCUUAGUUCCGACAGUCCAGAUUUCGGGAUUUUGCACAGGUUCAGAUUGUUUGGAUUCUGGUUCGAUUUGGUUUCGGACAACUCAGUUCAACUCGGUAUGAAUCGCUCGAGUCAGUCUCAGUUUGGGUUCCAUUCUUGGUUCAGGUUCAGUUUCGGGCGGUACGGUUUUGGUUCAGUUUCAGUUCGGUCAACACCGGUCAAACCAGUCAGAUUCAUGUUUUUCAAAGCUCGGGUUAUACUCCGGUUCAGUCCCGUUCAGUUUGUUUCGGUUCAGUCAACAAGUCACAACAGUCAACUCGGUCAACGAAAGUCAACCGGUCAACUGCUGGUCAACGAUCCAUCCGAGACUUGGUAAAAAUCUAAACGACGCAAAUUCUUUGUUUAUAGAGCUGCUAGUUAAUCAUGAAAUGCUAAUUACUAUAUAACUUGUAUAAAUACAUGUUGUUCCAUUAUGUAACUUGUAUAAUUGUUUUAGACAUACUUACUGAAAAUAUUGAAUAUAGUUGUUAGAAAUAUAUUUAUAUAACUUGUAGGUAGGUUUGUUAGUGCAUUAUCUGUCUAUCGCCUCCGUCAAUCUAGUCCGUAGCAGAAAACCGAAGAAAACGAGAGUUACAGUGUUAUUUUAGUGAUAGUUAGUAAAAAAGGCAAGGUGGCAUAAUUGUAAUUAAUGAGAUUCCUCAUUAAAUCCCUUGGCCUAUAAAUAGAUCUCUAGGGUUUCUAGUUUAGAACUUUUGCCACAUUAGAGCUUGGAGAGCUUAGGUGCUUAGAGAGAGAAACUAGAGAGAGAAAGUGGCAAAACGUGAUUCACGGAGCUUGUAAUCGUUACAUCAUCAAUGGAAUCACGACAUUAGUACGUUAUUGAGUGUUCGAUCACAUACGUUCACGGAUUCCGCACGUCGAAUGUACGUUACGCAAUCGAACG